GUAUGUGCAAAGACAGCGAGCGGGUCCUCACGGAUCGUGGUCAUGUGACGAUUGCUGGCUGACGAAGGCGCGUCACGUGACGCGCGCAAUUCCGCAGCUCCUCCUCCCGUUCGAGUUUGGACGAUGACAGCAGGCGUCCGCGGCACGUUUUGGAGCAAGUGGACCGAAAAAGCACGAUGGGAGGUUCCGUGAAAUGAAGCCACUCGCCUUCGGCGGGGCGUCGAGCGACAGAUCCGCUCCAGUCGGCAACGGCAACGGCGAGGCUCGUUUCUUUUCAGCGUUUUCUCCCAGCUGAGGAGGAGUCGGCUAAUAUUCGCCGACAAAUGUGCGGAUGCUGAUUUGAAGCAAGCUUUGACGAAGUCAACAGGCGAAUUUCGCCCAAAAGGAUUCUUCACUGCGCCGAGAAGCAUCUCGGAUCCGUACAUUGAAUCGUGCGAGCCAUUCCGGAAGUGAGGCGCAACAGCGGCGAAGCACGUCUUCCUCGGCUGUGGGGACAUCUAGCGGCCAAAAUAUGUACGGCGCUUCCGGCGUCCCCGAGCUCAUCCCGCCCGCGGGGCCCCCCGGGCGGCCCGGACCUGAGGCCCGGCACGGCCAAGGCGGCGGCCCCAGCGGCCACAACCCCCAGAGGCUCGGCCAGAGGGCCCCCAAGCUGGGCCAGAUCGGGCGCUCCAAGAAAGUGGACUUGGACGACGAAGUGUUGGACGACAUGAUGAACAACAACGGCCAGUGUCCCGUGUCUCUCCCCUUGUCCUGAACCGGGAGCUCUCCCCGGCGUCCCCAGCCGGCCUCCGCUUGAAUCCGAGCGACGGCGCCACCAGGCCCGCGGAGGGCGCCGGCUGGAGCCUACGCCCUCUCUGUAAAAUACAAGAUGUUCAUUUCGCCUCAUCUCAGACUUGAGACGGGUCUGCGUGUCGUGGGAGGUCCGCGGCGACCUCGUUCGUGUAGGGUCGAAGUGACGCUUUUGCGAAGAGGAGCCCCUCGCUCGCCCCUUUCUUUCCGAGGGUCGCCCCCCCCCCCUCUCGUGAUGGCUUUCCAUCCUCUGCCCUCCGUACUGCCGAUACCGCUCGUGUGCUUAGCGUAUAAUCCAGUGGAUGAAAGCUUGUUAUUUAUGACAUCUUGUUUGUAAAAUGUGAAGCAAAAAUGUGCCCCCCGCCCCCGCUCUUCAUUUCCAGUUGCUCGUUUGUCUUGGAUGAAGUUGCUUGCACUUCACGCACGUUGCACAGUUCUAGAAACGCACGGAGUCUGUGAGAGCGUAUCCCAAAACGUGGUUUUAAAGGGCUCCGUCGUCGUACGUCCACACCGCACCGCUGUUGCCUGCACGCUAAGGGGGAAGUGGCGGGAUGAACCCGUACAGUCGGGAAUGUCUGGAGUCCCUUGCCGCGUUCAAGUUAAAAAAACUGGACUCCUUGGACACGCCUGCAGCUUCCAAUUUCCACAACGAGCUCGUGAAAACAAGCUUGUGAUUUGCUACGACAAUCGCAUCUUGACUGCUAACUGAUUUGAAUGAUUUUUAUUGUGCUGGUAUAAUGUGACUUUGUUUUUUUUUUCUGUUCCAUUUUUGAGGGACUGGCAAAUUGUAACAUUUCAUGUAUUUUGGUUUGUUUUUAAAUCACGAUUUUGAUUUGACGUGGAUUGUGUCGGCCGUUCGCAUGAAAGCGGUCAACCUUUCAAUGUGCAUCCGGAGAAAUAAACGGUGUGAUGGUGUGAAAAAAACGGAAACCAAA